AUGCCUCGUAUCAAUUUUACGUCAUUGGAAUACACCGAUAUGGUUUUAAUUUAUGGAGAAUGCCACCAAAACGCGUCCCUGGCAUUACGAACAUACCGAGAGAGGUAUAAUACCACACGUGUAUGUCCUACAGACUCACGGAUUUUUAUACGGGCCGUCCAAAGAUUACGUGACGGCGAAAAUUUGAUUCCACGUCAGGUUGAAAUUCCUCCGCGAGUCGCCGUGGCUCAGGAAGAACGAAUAUUAAAUUAUUUCGCUCGUAAUCCAACAUCAAGUCUCCGUAGAGCAGCUCGCCAAUUCUGUGUACACCACAAGUCUGUUCACAGAAUAUUAAAAAAAAACAAGCAACGGCCGUUCAAAUACGUAAAGGUACAGGCUUUAUUAGAUAGAGAUAAGCCAGUUAGGGAAGCCUACUGUGAAUGGCUCCUGAGCAAAGUAGCUAAUGACUCUAACUUUUUAGCAAACGUAAUGUGGACUGACGAGAGCACAUUCACGCGUAACGGAAUAUGGAAUCGGCAGAACUUACGAUACUGGAGUCAAGAAGUGGCGGAUUACGUUGAUGGACUAUCGUUGGGGGCCAAUAGCCGGUUAUGGUACCAGCUUGAUGGAGCACUUUCUCAUUCAGUGGUGGCUGCCAGGCAGCGCCUCACUGAGAUGUUCGGAGAGAACUGGAUUGGCAGAUACGGACCUUCUCGGUGGCCAGCACGGUCUCCGGAUCUAACACCGUUAGAUUUCUUUUUAUGGGGUUACAUAAAAAAUGAGGUGUACUCUACUGAAGUAACGACUGUCGAGGACUUAAAAAUAAGAAUAAUGCGGACUUUCGACAAAAUAAAAAAUUUUGCAGCCAAUGGUGCCCUCUUUCGAAAAGUCCGAAAUAAUAUCAUGCGACGAUGUCAAUUAUGCAUUCGGGUACACGGCGGACAUUUUGAAAAUUUAAAAAUUUGA